AUGAAAGCAAAUCAGUCACUGUUUGACAUUAACUUUUUACAUUAUUGCAGAAUAUAUUUAUCGAUAUUAGCUAAUAGUGGAGGUUUACCAAUAGACACUAGGAUAUUAGCAGAAGCUGUAGAUAAUAUUGAAGAUAAUCAUAGUUUAUACGCAGAAUACUUUGCUUUUCAGAUCGCUGGUGCAGCUAAUAAUUUUCAAUAUCAAAUUGCUGUAUUAUGUGAUAAGUGCAUUUCGUCAAGUGAACCUGAUCAAAUUAUAAAAUCAUUUUUAAAAAUUAGUGAUACAAUUCAAAUUUAUAGACCAGUUCGAGGGUAUCCAUGGGUAACAGAUAUAUUUACUUUUAAAUUAAAUAAUGAUAAUGAUAUACCAAUAGCAUUGUUUAACUGUUUAGAGAAUAUAAAUACAAAAAUAGCGUACUUAGUUGAUACCAUUUCUGAAACUUUUCUUAAGAACGGAUGUUUCAAUAAAAAUCCAGAAUUGAUUCCAUUAGUUGUAUUAUUACAUUUUGGAAUUACUUCAAACGACCAUGAUAGUUUUGGAAUUUACAGAAAAUUACUACCUGAAUUAGUAGAAAAAUCAGAUGUAAAAGAAUUUUUAUUAGAACGAAUUCAAUCCAUGUGUGAUCCUUAUUAUAAAUCAAGAGCAUUGUAUCAAUUAGCUGAAUUUUAUGAUGAAAAAAGUUAUGAAUUGUUAAAUGAAUCUUUUAUAUUAACAAAAGAUAUUCAAGAGGCAACUUUAAAGUUUCAAAUAUUGGAAAAAAGUUUUAGUAUUUUUCAUUACAAGGAAGUAGAUCGCAAAUUCUUCAUUCAAAAGAUUGUU